AUGCAGUCCCAAUCCUCUCCUACAAAUAAUGGUGACAGCUCUCGACGCUCCUUUGACUCGAGACUCCCUCCUGUGGUGUUAGAAAAGCAGAUUAAAGUUUCCAAUUACAGCCAUUCCACUGCUUCUGCUAUGGCCGGUCAAUUAGAACAAUGUGUCGGAUUACUUAGGGGUCAUUCUAUUGCGCUUCAGCACUGCAAUGAAGAAAUUGAAGGUGCGUUGUUGACACUUGGUGUUGAUGCAACACAUUCCCUCCUUUACUCAAUUAAUAAUGUCAUUGAAGGUCUUGAAGUGGUAGCAGGAGCGUGUAAAAAUAUGUGUGAAAGCCAUUUUGAAGAGGUUCGUCAGCGAGAAGAUCUCUUUAAUUCACUGAGUAGCAUGUACAUUUCUUUAAAGGAACGACAUGAGGCCACCGAGCGUGAGUUGCGAAGCAUUGUAGCGGAGCGUGACCGUAAGGUUGCUGCCUUUGAAAAGGCCGUGUCAUAUGUAGAGUCGGUAAUCGCGGAACGAGCUCUAUGGCAAGAACAGAAUGGCUAUAAUUGCACAGGACUUCCAUUAGUGGAGAGAUCAUUUGCAGAUCGCUGUCGUGAGACUCUAGAAGUGUUUGACACAAUUAUACAUGAGACAUCGAAUCAAAAUGGGGAAAAUACGGAACAUCUUCUUUCGUCUACAGAUGCCCCAGAAACACUUGUGAAACGCUGGGAGAGAAAUGAAAAUUUGCUUCAUGUAAACGGGACUCCCUCUGCUCGUCUACAGUAUGUUCCACCUGGGGAUGAAGUGAUACUGCUUCGUGAGGUGCUAGAGAUGGGUACAGGUAGUCGAGUUCUAUUGCGUGAUGUACGGGAGGAACGAAAAGCACUCGAAGAAGCUAAAAGGAAAGUGUGUGAAAUAGGUGUUACAAGUCUUGCUACACUUCAGACUGUUCGAUCAGAGCUUUUGAGUUUCAGGGAGUGGAUCGUAGGCCUUGAACAACGUGGUCAACCGUUCAACGCAUCUUUCGAAAAUUUUCGAAGCAUGGUGACGGACCUUGAAAAGAAAAUAACGCAGGAGUCUCUGACUCAAAGCGUCCUUGCAGGCGUAGCAUAA